AUGGAUGAUGGUCAGAUUGACCUGUCGGUUGUACAAUUGUUUGAUAAGGAGUGCGUUGCAAUUCUGGACAAAUCCCCCGGUGUACAUCUUUACGUUUUCAGUAGGUUGAAACUGGAGUGGGAAAAAACCGAUAUUGGUGGGGUUUUAUUUGUUUGUGAACGGAGCUCAAAUCCCCAGUAUGUAUUUCACGUCAUAAAUCGGAAUGACUCGUCAAAAAAUUCCACUCAACCUAUCACUUCAACUCUGGAGAUUCUACUGCGACCUCCACACAUUUUCUACAGAACAUCACUCACGAUUUUCUCUAUGUGGUUUUGUGUUUCAAACGAUUGCAAACGCAUUUAUGAGCUUCUCAAAAGGGUGAUCAAUAGCAUUAGUUUUAAGGAGAAAGCUGCUAAAGACGUUUUCUUCCUACCUCCUGAGAAGACUUCACUCGAUGAAGCUGUUAAAAUAACUUCCCCAGGUCCAAAUAUUCGUCAACUCCUAUCUUCCGCAUCAGAGGAAUUUGAACGUUCUAUAAAUGAGGACGGUAGGUCUGCCAUCUUCUUCCAUCUUCUAGAUUCCUCAAAGUCUGUCACUCCUGCGCUAGAUCCAUCAAACUCUCUAAAAUUCCACCUGUCCCACAUCGCCAUGGAUGCCCCGCCUAUCUCAGACUCGACAGAUUGCCAGUUUGCUUCUGACUUGGAACGAACGCUGAAAGAGGCGACCACACCAAAGAUGGAGGAAGCUGUGACUUCCAUACCAGUUUUCUCAAAAAAGGAAAAUGAAGAUAAGGUGAAUGAAGAGCUGUUACGACGGCUGCGGAACGAAGCCAAGAUGAUUAGGCAGGACAGCAAGGCAACUUCCACCAACUCUGUCGAGGGGCUCACUCGUAGUCAGCUGAAGGCUGCACUGCUAUACAUGAUCGAAAAUGACGAUGAAUUCCUAACAUCAAUCCACUCGGCCUAUACGGAGAGUUUGAACAGGCGGCUGCAUCAAGCUAGCUAG